CGCAAUACUCUUGUAAAAUUUAUCUGCAGUAUGGGAGGAGUGAACAACAUCAACAAAGUCAAGGGUGCUUGUAUUGAAAAGAAGCGACGCAUGGACAAGCGUCGAAGCAAGGCAAGACAUGGCGCCAUUGCUCCUGCUGUGCUUACCGUCAAGACCAUGUCCAAAAAGAAGCAGAAACAAUAUGAAAAAGCCCUUCGCAAUGAGCGACGAUUAUUGGCCAGCAAAGGCAUCAUUCAACUUGAGGAGGAAAUGACAGAUGUCGUUGAUGAACCUGCCAAGAAACGCUUUGUCACGGUCGAAAUUGCCCCUGAAAUGUUGGCUGCUGCUGCCGCCGGUCCCGGCACCGUGCUCGGCGCACCACAGUAAAAAAAAAAAAAAAAGAGUCGUCUCAUUGAUGGAUCACCCUUUUCAACUUAUUCCAGAAAGUUCCUGCAUCAUUUCUUUUGUUUCCUUUUUUUUGCCAUGCUUCAUUAAGAGUCUUCAUUUUAUUUUUUGUAUAUAUAAAGCGAC